AUGAGUACAACACAAGUAGAAAGUAGUAAUAGCACACAAGGGACACCACAACACGAGACUUGGAAUAUGUUAGUAGGUGAUCCUGAAGUUUUUAAUAACAUUCUAUCUGACAUAGGUGUUGGUAAUGUCGAAGUCAAUCAAGUCUAUUGCUUAGAGGACGAUUUAGUUCAAAACAGUGUGUUUGGGUUCUUGGUAUGUCUUCCAAACAAAGUGACUAAGACAACUUAUUUAGCACCAGAAGUCGCAUUAGAUCCGCAACCCAUUCACAUUAAACAAACUAUUGGGAAUGCAUGUGGUGGUGUAGCUCUGUUGCAUUGUUUAGUGAACAAUCCUUUAGUUCAAUACUUUGAUGACUCCACAUAUCGAAAGAUCAAUGACAUCUGUGAGAAGAAAAAGUCCUAUGAAGAGCGAGCAGAGUGUGUUAAGUUUCUCAAAGAGUCUUUUGAGAAGUAUGCUGAGUCUUCUUCUUCGUCCGAUGAUUCUCCUCGUGAAAAGAAAGCAGACGCUCCCAAAAAGGAAAAAGUUGUGAAUCAUUUCGAAGGGAUCAUUAAUUUUAAUAACAAAGUGUGGAUCUUGGAUGGCAGAAAACAUUUGCCUGUUCCAGUUUGUGAGAUUCCUGAGGGUCAAAAUUUUAAGACGGUUGCUCUCAAGUUUUUACAAAAAAGAAUCGAAGGAUUAGAUAUGAUAUCCAUACUCUCGUUGUCUCUCCUUUAA